CGCCCCGCCCCUCGGGCGUACGUGUGCGCAGAGCGCAGGCGCGUGGCUCCCGGUGGCCCACGAGACCCUAGCUGCUAGUCCAGGCAGACGCCAGAGGUGUCCGAUCUCGGCGAGGAUGGAGCCAUCGAAGGUGGAAAAGUUCAGCACCACCAACAGGGGAAACGGGCUGCGCGCGUUGGCACCACUGCGGCCGGGAGAACUGCUUUUCCGCUCAGAUCCUUUGGCGUACACGGUGAGCAAGGGGAGUCGUGGUGUCGUCUGCGACCGCUGCCUUCUCGGGAAGGAAAAGCUGAUGCGAUGCUCUCAAUGCCGAAUCGCCAAAUACUGUAGUGCUAAGUGUCAGAAAAAAGCUUGGCAGGACCACAAGCGAGAAUGCAAAUGCCUUAAAAGCUGCAAACCCAGAUACCCUCCUGACUCUGUCCGACUACUUGGCAGAGUUGUUUUCAAACUUAUGCAAGAAACACCCUCUGAAUCGGAAAAACUUUACUCAUUUUAUGAUCUGGAGUCAAAUAUUAACAAACUGACUGAAGAUAAGAAAGAGGGCCUCAGGCAACUUGCAUUGACAUUUCAACAUUUCAUGAGAGAAGAAAUACAGGAUGCUUCUCAGCUGCCACCUUCCUUUGACAUUUUUGAAGCCUUUGCAAAAGUGAUCUGCAACUCUUUCACCAUCUGUAAUGCAGAGAUGCAGGAAGUUGGUGUUGGACUAUAUCCUAGUAUGUCUUUGCUGAAUCACAGCUGUGACCCCAACUGCUCGAUUGUGUUCAACGGGCCCCACCUUUUGCUGCGUGCAGUCCGAGGCGUUGAAGCUGGGGAGGAGCUCACCAUCUGCUACUUGGAUAUGCUGAUGACCAGCGAGGAGCGCAGGAAGCAGCUGAGGGACCAGUAUUGCUUUGACUGUGACUGUUUCCGAUGUCAGACCCAGGACAAGGAUGCUGAUAUGCUGACUGGUGAUGAACAGGUAUGGAAGGAAGUCCAAGAAUCCCUGAAAAAAAUUGAAGAACUGAAGGCACACUGGAAGUGGGAACAGGUUCUGGCCAUGUGCCAGUCGAUCAUAAGCAGUAACGCUGAGCGGCUUCCUGAUAUCAACAUCUACCAGCUGAAGGUGCUCGACUGCGCCAUGGAUGCCUGCAUCAACCUCGGGCUGCUGGAGGAGGCGCUGUUCUAUGGCAUCCGGACCAUGGAGCCUUACAGGAUUUUUUACCCAGGAAACCAUCCCGUCAGAGGUGUACAGAUAAUGAAAGUUGGCAAACUGCAGUUACACCAAGGCAUGUUUCCCCAAGCGAUGAAGAAUCUGAGGCUGGCUUUUGAUAUUAUGAGAGUAACACAUGGCAGAGAGCACAGCCUUAUUGAAGAUUUGAUUCUACUCUUAGAAGAAUGCGAUGCCAACAUCAGAGCACCCUAAGAGAACCCCGCAGAGGGAGAGCCAGCUUGUACCUUUAUUGAAUGCCUUAUUGAGGUCACACUAUAUUUUGUUUGUUGUGUGGACCUCCCCUAUUGGAAAUGCUGUUCCAUAUUUACUUAGGUAAAUAAAAGCAGACAUAUGGUUUGCACACCACAAGAAUCCUUAGUUGUAGAGAAGCAUGAUUAUAAUAUAAAAAAGUUUGGUUGAAAAUACCA